CAACUUAACCUCCCGACACUCUCCCCCGGCCUUCCCCCCGCCCUCCGCGCGGCUGCGACGGCGACGACGACAACGACGACCACCACCACCACGGCACAAUCUGCUUCCCGGCGACCCGUAGCAUCAUUGCAUCAGCCAAGAUGAGCGGCCUUGCAUCCAAGCAGCAGUCGCUCAAGCUCUUUGAGAAGCUGAAGACAAAGCCGGCCAACAAGGUCUGCUUCGACUGCGGUCAGAAGAACCCCACCUGGACCUCAGUCCCGUUCGGCAUCUACCUAUGUCUCGACUGCUCCGCCAACCACCGCAACCUCGGCGUCCACAUCUCCUUUGUUCGCUCCACCAACCUCGACCAGUGGCAAUGGGACCAGCUGCGGAUCAUGAAGGUCGGCGGCAAUGAGUCGGCCACCAAGUUCUUCCAGUCCAACGGCGGCUCGGCCGCGCUGAACAGCAAGGACCCCAAGACGAAGUAUACGUCAGCCGUGGCCACCAAGUACAAGGAGGAGCUUAAGAAGCGGGCCGCCAGGGACGCCAAGGAGUAUCCCGAGGAGGUGGUCAUCACCGACAGCGGCGAGGGCGCCGAGGGCGCGGAGACCCCCGCGGAGGAGGAGGACGACUUCUUCUCUUCGUGGAGCAGACCCGCCGUCAAGAAGCUGAGCCCGCCCAUCUCCCGGACCGCCACGCCCCCUGUCGUCGGCCGCACGCCGUCUCCCUUCCUGAACGCACAAAACGGCAAGGACGCUGCCCGCGCGCCGUCGCCACUUGCCAAGAACAGCGAGGGCGAGGCCAAGCCCGCCGCCAGCCGCAUCACGACCUCGGCCGCGCUACGAUCCAACACGUCGGGCCCGCGCAAGGCCAACAUCCUCGGCGCCAAGAAGGCGACGUCGUCCAAGCUGGGCGCCAAGAAGCUCGGCGCCGGCGACGCCGCGAUCGACUUCGACGAGGCCGAGAAGAAGGCGAAGGAGGAGGCCGAGCGCAUCGAGAAGCUCGGGUACGACCCCGACGCCGAGGAGGAAGCACCGGUGGGCAAGACGACCGCCGCCAAGUCCGAGUCCAGCGCGGCCAUCAUCUCGCCGACCCCCGUCAGCCCCGCCCGGGGGGGUUACGGCUCGCACACGCGGGAGAAGUCGGCCGCCGAGGUGGAGCGCCUCGGCAUGGGCAUCGCCCGGCUCGGAUUCGGCCAGGUGGGCAAGCCCGCCGCUGCGAAGAAGGGCGCCGGCGGAUUCGGCUCGGUCGGGCCGAUCAAGGCGUCUGCCGAGGACGAGGAGGAAACGUACGCGCGCAAGAAGUUCGGCAACCAAAAGGCCAUCUCGUCGGACGAGUUCUUCGGCAAGGGCAUGUUCGACGCCAGCGCCCAGGCCGAGGCCAAGUCGCGCCUGCAGGGCUUCGAGGGCGCCCAGGCCAUCUCGAGCAACGCCUACUUCGGCCGCCCCGAGACCGAGGACCGCGCCGCCGACGACUACGGCGACCUCGAGAGCGCCGCCAAGGACUUUGUCCGCCGCUUCGGCAUCACCGCCGCCGACGACCUCGAGAACCUCACCCACCUCCUCGGCGAGGGCGCCGGGCGGCUGCAGGGCGCUAUCAGGGCUUACUUGGGGAGUUAAGGGGGGGCAAAGCGGCUGUGUGUGGAUUUUCGGUGGGUAACUGGGCUGUGGGGUAUUUUCGCGGAGGGGCGAGAAAGCUAUGCUGGUUCUGGCGCCGGGCAAGGUUUCAUGAGUGCGUGGUUAGGUUCAUCAUGCAGCACAGAAGGCGUGCCCAUGCUCCUGAAUGAGAUCGUCUAGACAUGCCGAGUUUGGGUGUGUGGUGAGUUGAUGGUGGGUUUGAGUGACACAUGUUUUAGAGAAACAGAGAGUUAUUGGAUGGCU